GUGCAGCGCUGGCGGGAAGAGAGAGCUCUGAGCGGUGCGCACUUGUCUUGCUUCCUCGCAUCUAUCCACCCAUCUUCUCAUCCUCGACUCCGCUCGCAUCUAAAAGGAGGACAGGCGAAGGACACGGCGCGGAGAGAGGAGCCCCAAACACCAACAAUUCAAGCAUAUCAAGUCCGUCUGUACACGGAGAAGGCAUUUUACAGCUCCAGUGAUGUUUGCAUCAUCCUAAAGGGCCCUGUGAGCAGCAGUAGCCUCUCCAGAGACUACGCUGAUGUAAACUAAUCCUGGACGUGUCCUGCUCCCCUCCUUCUGGGCUGCCCUCUGGGUCUACACUCACCACCUCUAUUUCUCUGUGGGCCUUAAUCAAAAAAUCCCCGACUGGAGCUUUUCCCCUGCCUGCUCGUGGUACGCCUCAGUGACUCCCUUGGGUGCUAAGGGCCAUGGCGGUGCCCUCGGCGCAGGAGUUCCACUGGCAGAGCCUGGCUCGCCUGUCCAGUGGGCGAGUCUACCACACCCUGACCGAGGUGGGGGGGCAGAUGUACAUGCUGGGGGGCUGUGAUGCUGCAGGACGGCCGUGUGGUGCACUAGAGCUCUACUCCCCUGAGGGCGACAAAUGGAUCAGUCUCCCCCAGAUGCCUACACCACGAGCGGGGGCGGCUGUGACUGUUCUUGGGAAGCAGAUCCUGGUGGUGGGGGGCGUGGGGGAGGACCAGAGACCCAUGAAGGUGGUGGAGAUGUACAACACAGAUGAAGGCCGGUGGAGGAAGAGGAGCGCCUUACGAGAGCCUCUCAUGGGCCUCUCCAUCGCAGUCAAAGAAAAUCGAGCCCUGGCCGUGGGGGGAAUGGGUGCAGACCUGCUGCCUCGUAGCAUCCUGCAGCAGUACGACCUUCGGAAGGAUGUGUGGGCCCUGCUCCCUCCCAUGCCCACGCCACGAUAUGAUGCUAAUACUAACCUGCUGGGAAGCAAGCUCUAUGUAGCAGGCGGGCGUCAGUGCAAAAGGCCAGUGAAGACCUUGGAGGUGUACGACACAGAGACACGUAGCUGGAGCACCCUGCCUGCACAGCCCUGUAAACGCUCCUAUGCAGGGGUGCUAUGGGACCCCAUGGGGAGGCUCUGUCUGCUGGGUGGACUGAGGCAGGGGGGAGGACACCAAAACUCCAAAUUCACCAAGAACGUCAACAUUUUUGACACCAACCAAGGUGUGUGGCUGAAGUCGGAGGAGACAGUGGCCAUGAAGACGAAGAGAGCUGAUUUUGUCGCAGCUUAUCUGCGCGGGCGAAUGAUAGUAGCUGGAGGCCUGGGUCAUGAACCUUCAGCGCUGGACACAGUUGAGGCCUUCCACCCGGAGCGAAAGAAGUGGGAGAGAUUGGCUCCUAUGACCUUCCCACGCUGCUCAGCUUCCUCCAUUGUCAUCAAAGAUCGCCUCCUGGUGGUGGGAGGCGUUAACCAGGUUCCGAGCGCUGCCCAUGAAAUUCUUUAUGUCAAAGAAGAGGAGAUCCUGUAAUAUGAUGUGAUGGCAGCCUGAUUGAAUCCAACCAGCGGCUUUCCUCUGUAUAUGUCCCCUAUACCUCUCCUGCAAUAUGAACAGCCUCACAGCUUAGAGAGGAGGGAGGUGUGCCAAUGCCAUGCCAUGUCACAGAUAACAGUGCCCCCUGCUGGGAAAUUCACUGAAGCACACUCAAGCACAAAGGAGGAGCUGGCUCUUUCUAUAUAGCUGUAAAAUGUAAGGUAACACUCCUGGAUUGUAUGUUGUAGUGCAUUCAUGGAGACUAUUUUGUAGCCUAUAGCUCUCAGCCUAUAGAGUUAUUAGCACAUAUGCAGCCCUCUCUGAUUUGUUCAUGUUUAUUUGUGAACCAUCUGCGUGCUGAAUUAGAGCCUCUCACCGCCAUAUUAAGAGGUUUCGUGAUAACUUCGCUCUCAAAUGCACAUUGCACACUGUUGAAUCACAGUUUUAUAGCUGAUAGAAUUCCUGGAUAGUACUAAGAAAUGUCCAAAAUAUUCUCAGAAAAUUCAAAUGAAAACAAUACAUUUAUUUAUAGAUUUUGUAAAAAGUUACAUGUGACUUUUGUUUUUUGUACUUGAUGCAUUAUGUUGAUAUUUUGCCAUGUAGCUGGGGUUAGCGUAUCAAACUGACGUGUGAUUUGUUGUUAUUUAAUUAUAUUUAUUGUGUAUAAGAACAUCAUUUAAAGCACACCUGCUUGUCUUCAUGAAGUUUUACUGGCAUAUUGCGGAACAUUCCAGGCAAAGGAAUAACACUGAUGCAUUGAGACAAAAUGUUAGACCUUCCAGCAGAAAAGUUACAUAGUAUAUCUUUUAAUGUGUGGCUGAUUUAUGAGACUUCCUCGUACCAUAACACCAUUUGUCCGAUGUUGCUGACAGUUAAUACGAUUCUUUGAUAUGCAUGAAAAUUUGAAAGUUAAAGUUUGCGCAGUUAGAAUUUAUAUAAGAUGCAUACUUUUGAAUAGUAUGGAAGAUGACUGUGAUGACAAAAAGAAAAAGAAGCAGCAGAAGAUGAAGUAAGCACAGUUUAAAUACAUAAGCAGCAUUUUGUGUAGUGCAAAAACUGUUACAUUUUUGUAUCUGUGACAAUCACUGUGCAAUUAAUGCCAUCCCUAAUUGUAAAACAAAACAAAAACAAAAAAAGCUACAAAAAAACAACUUGUGUAGGAACAGGUUGUUCUGCUAUGAUUCUGCAGCAAUACACUUUUCUAGUGCUGUGAAAUGUGCUGUGUAGUGCUAAAACGUCCAAGUCUCCCUCUACUGGGUAACUGUGGGCCUGAUAUUGUGGCACAGGAAGUAUAAGG